ACAUUACGUUAACGAUACUCAGCUUACUUAAGACAAUUUCUCUCUUUCUCUCUCUCUCUAUUUUCUUCAUUCAUUUUCUUCAUUUAUUUUCUUCAUAGAACUAUAUUUCAAUCUCGAGACGACUGAAGAAACCUUCUUCGUAAAAUGGAACCUUCAGCCUGGCAAACCAAGUUAUCUUCCUUCAAAGAGCGUCAUCUGUACGCCUACAACAAGUCCUUGUUCUGUGAUGUAGAGUUGUCUGUGAUAGAUGCUAAUGGAGACAAAGUCACAAUCCCAGCACACAAGUACGUUCUGGCUAUCAGUAGUCCUGUCUUUGAGGCCAUGUUCUACGGGGAAUCAGCAGAGACUGGACGAACUAACGAUGUACCAGACUGUACCAAGGAAGGGCUACAAGAAAUGCUACGAUACUUCUAUUCAGAUGAGGUCAACUUAACCGAAAGUAAUGUUUUGGAAGUUCUCUAUUUAGCAGAGAGGUAUAUGCUGCCAUUCCUGAAGGAGAAAUGUGAGGAAUAUAUUAAAAAUAAGCUUAAACCAGAAGAUGUGUUCCACGUAUUACAUCCACCACAGAUACGUAACGAGAAGGUUGAACAGAAGUGCUGGGAUAUGGUAGAUAGCGAUGCUGAAAGAGCUGUGUCUUCUGAAUCAUUUCUGAAUGUUUCAAGGGAAAUGUUGUGCGAAGUGCUUGGUAGAGACACCAUGUCCAUUGAUGAAGUGGUUUUAUUCCAAGCAGUGGAAAAAUGGGCCUUGAAUAAACUCAAAGAACAAGGUUUGGAAGAGAGCAUGGAGAAUAAGAGAGCAGUACUUGGAGAAGAAGUGAUCAAGCUUAUCAGAUUUCCACUGAUGUUACAGAAGAAAUUCGCGGAGAAUGUACUUCCGAGUGGUAUUCUGACAUUGGAUGAAGUGACGGAAUUAAUUCGGUUCUUCAAUAAGAUAGUUCCGCUCUCGGCGUCAUUUAGCAAUGCCAAAAGAGGAAAAUACGAAGUUGUUGUGCCAAAUGCAAGGUUCAAAUCAAUUGCAGCCCCAAGCAGUGGUCUUCAUUAUUGGGCAUAUUCUAGUCGAUCAGACGCAAUUGACUUCAAAGUCAACAAACCACUAUUCCUUGCUGGUGUCAGACUCUUCGGUGCUAAAGGUUGUACAUACGUCGUUACCCUGGCUUUAUACAAGAGUGCUCAACCAAUAACGCAGCUUUCCUCCACCUUCCCAACUGAAGAUAAUCAGACAGAUGGUUAUUAUGGGUUUAACAUUUAUCUUGACGAGCUUGUUUCUACAGAGGCAGGCGCUGUAUACACCAUCAAAGCUACCAUAUCAGGACCACCGUCCUAUUAUGGUCAUCUGGGUAAAGCAAGUAUUGCGUUUAAUGAUAUCUUGAUUACAUAUUUGGACUCAAAGAUACCAAGCUAUGGUACAACAUCAAAAUUGGGUCAAUUUCCAACAGUGGUAUUAAAACGAUAAAAGGAACAACUGAACCAGUCCUUGAACUGCAUGAACCUAGCUGUUUGAGCAUUAAUUAUUGUACGUACCACAGGGAGCCCGGCUUUGGGAUUUGUACAUGAAUAAAUUAAUCAAUAAAGUGCUUUGGGUUUCCUGUGUUGAGAUCGUAAUACCAGUAACUUGAUAACAGAUUAACGUAAAAGUAUGAGUGUAACGCACGCCCUA